AUGGCUCCGUCGGCCAAGGAAGAGGUUGUGGGCUCCGCAACCCACGUCGGCGAUGAGGAAAUCGCCAAGCCCGUUCGCAAUGAGUACCUUCUACCCAAACCAGAGAGUUUUGCGAAUAUGAGUGAUGAGGAUCUGGGCACUCUCCGAAAGAGAAUGGUUCGAAAGAUGGACAUGGUGAUUAUGCCUAUUAUGGGAAUCCUGUACAUCCUCAACUACGUCGAUAGAUCCGCUCUUGCAGCAACAAAGGUCUACGGAAUCAUGGAAGACCUCAACAUGACCACCGCCCAGUUCGCGACUGCCAUUACCUUCCUCUUCAUCGGUUACAUCCCCUUCCAGAUUCCUUCCAACUUGAUCAUGACCAAAGUCACACGCCCUGGUCUCUACAUUUGCUCUGCCGCGACUGUUUGGGGAGCCGUCAGUGCCUCUACCGCCGCCGUCAAGACAUACCAUACCCUCCUUGUCGUCCGAGUAUUCCUGGGUGUCACUGAAGCUGUCUUCUUCCCUGGUGUGAUCUACUUCCUGAGUGCUUGGUACACUAAGCAGGAGCUCGGAAAGCGUCUUGCUGCUCUCUACGUUUUCCAGAUGAUCGGCAGUGCUUUUGGUGGUUUCAUCGCUGCUGCUUGCCUGACGUUGGAUGGGAAACACGGUAUUGCUGGAUGGCGCUGGUUGUUUAUUGUGGAAGGAGUGGUGACCAUCGGUUGUGGCAUCAUCUUCGCCAUGAUCAUGCCCGAAUAUCCCCACAACGCCCGACUCCUUAAGCCCGUCGAGCGAGACUUUGCUGUGUGGCGACUCGAAUGCGAGGCUGGCGCCGGUGAAGCCAACGAAGACACGACGGCUCUGGGUGGUCUCAAGGAAGCACUGCUGGAUAUAAAGAUCUGGGCCCUCGUCUGGUGUAUGUUCAUGUCCCAGGCAAUGGGAUCUACAAACAACUUUUUCCCGUCUAUUGUCGAGACCCUGGGAUACAACAAGAUGAACACCAUGCUGCUUACAGCUCCUCCCUUCAUCUUCGCCGCCAUCAUAUUCUGGAUUGUCUCUUACCUCAGCGACCGCAAGAACAUCAUCUACCCCGUCUUCGUUGGCCUUCUGUCCAUGGCGUGCGUUGCUUAUAUCAUCCCGCUCGCCACUACCAGCACUGCCGGCCGCUAUGUUGCCAUGAUGCUCAUGCCUGCAUCCACUGGACCCCAGAUUCUCUUGUUCAAGACCCUCAACUUGCACAUGGCCCGUCCUUACCCCAAGCGUGCAGCUGGUGUCGCCAUGAUCAAUGCGCUCGGUGGCCUGGCCAACCUCUGGUCCAGCUAUCUGUACUACAACCCUCCAGCAUACUACACUGCUUUCGGAACUGUCCUCGCUUGCACCGUUGUUUUCUUCAUCACGAUUACUAUCUACCGCUGGAACGUUAGGAGACUCAACAACCUGCUGGACGGUUCCCCAGAGGAUCAGCAGAAGGCCAUGAAGAGCGGAGUUACCCAGCAACAGGUAGAUCUCGGAUGGAGAUACAUCGGCUUCUAG